AAGAGAACUGAAUCAUGUAUUACUGAUUAGAUUUUAAAAACACUUUGAUAAGAUAAACAUUUAAGGUAUAAGUGGGAUAUUGCGAAUUUAGUAUGCUUUGUAUCGUCGAACUUAAAAGAUCUUUUGCAUUUUUAGUCAACGAAAAUGGCGGGAUUCACAAGAGUGAUAGUAAACGAAAGCAGUUGGGAGAUUCCAAGCAUUUACGAAAUGGUCAGCCAUCUUGGCCGCGGUUCUUUCGGUCAGGUGGCCAAGGUGAGGCUAAGUGGUAGCCAAAAUUACGUGGCUAUGAAAAAGCUGUCGCAUCCUUUCGAGAAAGAAGAAGACGCCAAGGGAGCUUAUCGCGAAAUCCGUCUGCUGAAGCACAUGAAUCACAGGAACGUCCUUUGUCUGCUGGACGUUUUCCACCCACCUUUGGUGUGUAACGAUUUUCAACAGGUUUAUCUGGUGACCCACCUGAUGGACGAGGACCUAAUAAGUUUCUCGCGUGCAAACAGGAUCUCCGAGUACCAUAUUGGGUAUAUCCUCUACCAAAUACUGCGAGGUCUGAAGUACAUUCACAGCGCCGGCGUAAUCCAUCGUGAUUUGAAGCCUGGUAAUAUAGCAGUAAAUGAAAAUCUGGAGGUCCGCAUACUUGAUUUCGGUUUAUCCCGCCUUUCCGCCAAUAACAUGACGGAGUUAGCGGGUACCCUGUGGUAUCUAGCCCCCGAGCAGCUCUUCCUCUGCAAAAACUACACUAAGGCCGUCGACAUGUGGUCUGUGGGUUGUAUCUUGGCCGAACUCUUAUCGGGUAGUCCCCUUUUUCCUGGUAAAUGCUAUAUGAAACAACUAGACCGCCUGCUUGACAUAAUGGGAACACCGUCAACUGAGUUUAUGAGCCGAAUAACUGAAAGGCAACCUCGGAAAUACUUGGAGAGGAACCCAUAUCGGGAAAGACGUGAUUUCCAGCAGAUGUUUUCGUAUGCCAAUCCCUUGGCUCUGGAUUUGUUGGAGAAAAUGCUCGAAAUGAUACCCGAAAGACGAAUUACAGCCGCGGAGGCCAUGCACCAUCCGUUCCUUAGCGAUUUUAUUGAUCCCCAUCAUCAUGACGAGGACAUCGCACCAAAGUAUGAUCAAAACUUUGAAAACAUGGUACUACCUGUGAAUUGCUAUAAGGAACUUAUUUUCAAUGAAAUUGCCAAUUUCAAACCGCAUCCAUUUUAUGCUGAGGAUCUUAAAAGGGCGUAUAUUCACCACAUGCAAUAAGAACGAUUUUUAAGUUAUGUAUUUUUUUAAAUUAAAAUCAAACACUGAUUACUUUUAUCAUAUAU